CGCCCUCUUCGGGCCUCCAGAACUGUGCGUUUCGGGGGCGCGGCGGGCCGAGUGACCGGGUCGCUGUAAGGCCCCUCCUCUCCCUCUCUUGGCCUCUAAUUAUAGAGUCUGAGCCCCGCCCGGCUGAGGCCCGCUGGCAGACUCCACAGCAACCAGCACCAUGCCUAUGAUACUGGGAUACUGGGACAUCCGCGGGCUGGCCCACGCCAUCCGCCUGCUCCUGGAAUACACAGACUCAAGCUACGAGGAAAAGAAAUACACGAUGGGGGACGCUCCUGACUAUGACAGAAGCCAGUGGCUGAAGGAAAAGUUCAAGCUGGGCCUGGACUUUCCCAAUCUGCCCUACUUGAUUGAUGGGGCUCACAGGAUCACCCAGAGCAACGCCAUCCUGCGCUACAUUGCCCGCAAGCACAACCUGUGUGGGGAGACAGAAAAGGAGAAGAUUUGGGAAGACAUUUUGGAGAACCAGCUUAUGGACAACCGCAUGCAGCUGGCCAGACUGUGCUACGAUCCAGAUUUUGAGAGACUAAAGCCAGAAUACCUGGAGGGACUUCCUGAAAUGCUGAAGCUCUACUCACAGUUUCUGGGGAAGCGGCCAUGGUUUCUUGGGGACAAGAUCACCUUUGUGGAUUUCAUCGCUUAUGAUGUCCUUGAGAGAAACCAAGUAUUUGAGCCCACCUGCUUGGACGCCUUCCCAAACCUGAAGGACUUCAUCUCCCGAUUUGAGGGCUUGGAGAAGAUCUCUGCCUACAUGAAGUCCAGCCGCUUCCUCCCAAGACCUGUGUUCACGAAGAUGGCUGUCUGGGGCCACUAGUAGUGCCUGGAAGGCCAGGCGGUGGGCCUAUGUGACCCCGGCCUUAGGCCUACCGGAUCCAAGAAAAGCCUCAACCACAUUUCCUGUGUGUCUUCUCUUAAUUGCUCCCGGCUACCUACCCAGAGUGUCUGUCACUGCUUCUUCCAAGGGACUGGGUGGUAACCCUGACAGCUGCUGGGUUGGAAAGGAUUCUGCUGGGCGUAGUAAGGCACUUGACAAUUCUUGCUCUCAUUUCUGACAGACUCAGUGAGGCACUAUGGCAAGGGUGUCUAUUUCUGGGCCUGAACGUAACAUUCAUUCAUCCAGCCUUAUUGAGUGCUUUCUGUAAGUAUGCAGAGCUUGUGUUUCACUGAAUAGGGAUCUUAAGGGGGUGUAAUCCCCAUCAGAAAGAGCCAGGGUCCCUUUUGCCUUCUCCACUCUAUGACUGCAUCACUUCUGCUCGGUCUCCAGGACCCAGUCUCUAUUGUUUUCUCAGAUGGCUUCCAGGUACCCUCUCCAGGCUUGCUGCACAGCUGUCAUCAGGACGUUCUCUCUGGGUUUACUUCCUCACUUUCCUGGGUACCUUCGAGAGAAAUGUCUUCAGUCCUUGCAUAACUGAAAGUGUCUUUACAUGCUUACUUAAUACUUUGGCUGGUGUUUUAGUCUGUUCUCAUGCUGCUAAUAAAGACAUAUCGGAGA